GCGGUAGCUCAGGUCAGUUAGUUCAGUCAGCAGUCAUCCGCGCAUCUAUCUAUAUUCCCUUUUCUUAAAUUAGCCCAUUUAAGCUUCGCGAUACCGCCCCCAAUUUCAGCGUCGGUACGGAGCCGCCAGGCCGGGACAGAGACGGAGAGAGAGGCCUCGGCCAUGGAAGCGCUCGGACCCGGCCCGCCCGCCCCUCCCUCUCUGUUUCAGCCUCCGCGGCGUCCCGGCCUCGGCACGGUGGGGAAACCCAUCAGGCUCCUGGCGAACCACUUCCAGGUGCAGAUUCCCAAGAUUGAUGUAUAUCACUAUGAUAUCGACAUCAAGCCUGAGAAACGGCCUCGAAGGGUCAACAGGGAAGUGGUUGACACCAUGGUGCGGCACUUCAAGAUGCAGAUCUUUGGAGACCGACAGCCUGGUUACGAUGGGAAGAGGAACAUGUACACAGCACAUCCACUGCCAAUUGGGAGAGACAGGGUGGACCUGGAGGUGACUCUGCCUGGUGAGGGGAAAGAUCAGACGUUUAAGGUGUCUUUGCAGUGGGUGUCUGUGGUCAGUCUUCAGAUGCUGCUGGAAGCCCUGUCCGGUCACCUAAACGAGGUCCCCGAAGACUCUGUUCAGGCUCUGGAUGUCAUCACACGGCAUCUUCCUUCCAUGAGGUACACUCCUGUGGGGCGUUCGUUUUUCUCCCCGCCGGAGGGCUACUAUCAUCCCCUGGGUGGAGGCAGGGAGGUGUGGUUUGGUUUCCAUCAGUCCGUCCGUCCUGCCAUGUGGAACAUGAUGCUUAACAUCGAUGUGUCAGCCACAGCUUUCUACCGCGCUCAGCCUGUGAUCGAGUUCAUGUGCGAGGUGCUCGAUAUACAGAACAUCAACGAACAGACCAAACCACUGACAGACUCGCAGCGCGUCAAAUUCACCAAGGAAAUAAGAGGCUUGAAAGUUGAGGUCACACACUGUGGUCAAAUGAAGAGGAAGUACCGUGUGUGCAAUGUGACACGCCGACCUGCCAGCCACCAAACGUUCCCCCUACAACUCGAGAACGGCCAAGCCAUGGAGUGCACAGUAGCUCAGUAUUUCAAGCAGAAGUACAAUCUGCAGCUCAAAUAUCCACAUUUACCCUGUCUUCAAGUAGGCCAGGAACAGAAGCACACCUACCUUCCACUGGAGGUCUGUAACAUCGUAGCGGGCCAGCGCUGUAUCAAGAAGCUGACAGACAACCAGACGUCCACCAUGAUCAAAGCUACAGCUCGCUCAGCCCCCGACAGACAGGAGGAGAUCAGCAGACUGGUCAAAAGUAACAGCAUGGUCGGGGGCCCCGACCCUUACCUGAAGGAAUUUGGCAUUGUCGUGCACAAUGACAUGACAGAAGUGACAGGGCGUGUCCUCCCAGCGCCCAUGCUGCAGUAUGGGGGCCGGGUGAGUACAGACACAGGGCGGGACUGUGGCAGGGGACUCUCUCCACAGAAUAAAACCGUGGCCACGCCCAACCAGGGCGUGUGGGACAUGAGAGGGAAGCAGUUCUACGCUGGCAUCGAGAUCAAGGUCUGGGCUGUUGCCUGCUUCGCCCCACAGAAACAGUGUCGAGAGGACCUGCUCAAGAGCUUCACUGACCAGCUACGAAAGAUCUCAAAGGAUGCUGGGAUGCCAAUCCAAGGCCAGCCAUGUUUCUGUAAAUACGCCCAAGGAGCUGACAGCGUGGAGCCCAUGUUCAAACACCUCAAGAUGUCUUAUGUAGGUCUGCAGCUGAUUGUGGUCAUCCUGCCUGGCAAAACACCCGUCUAUGCUGAGGUAAAGCGAGUGGGUGACACCCUCCUCGGCAUGGCAACCCAGUGUGUGCAGGUGAAGAACGUAGUGAAGACGUCCCCUCAGACCCUCUCCAACCUGUGCCUCAAGAUCAACGCCAAGCUGGGAGGAAUCAACAACGUCCUGGUGCCUCAUCAGAGGCCCUCUGUGUUCCAGCAGCCCGUCAUCUUCCUCGGAGCGGAUGUCACACAUCCUCCAGCAGGUGACGGGAAGAAACCGUCCAUUGCGGCGGUGGUGGGCAGCAUGGACGGCCACCCCAGCCGAUACUGCGCCACAGUGCGAGUCCAGACGUCCAGACAAGACAUGUCCCAGUGCCCUACUCCUACUCCUACUCCGUCUGUUCAGGAGCAGCUCUUCAGUCAGGAGGUAAUUCAAGAUUUAACCAACAUGGUGCGGGAGCUGCUCAUCCAGUUCUACAAGUCCACACGUUUCAAGCCCACACGAAUCAUCUAUUAUCGUGGCGGUGUGUCUGAGGGACAAAUGAAACAGGUGGCGUGGCCAGAGCUGAUAGCCAUCAGGAAGGCCUGCAUCAGUCUGGAGGAGGAUUACAGGCCGGGCAUUACCUACAUCGUGGUUCAGAAACGUCACCACACUCGUCUGUUCUGCUCUGAUAAAGCGGAGAGGGUUGGGAAGAGUGGUAACGUCCCAGCAGGCACCACGGUGGACAGCACCAUCACACACCCGUCCGAGUUUGACUUCUACCUGUGCAGCCAUGCUGGGAUUCAGGGAACCAGUCGUCCCUCCCACUAUCACGUCCUGUGGGAUGACAACUGUUUCACUGCCGACGAACUGCAGCUCCUCACCUACCAGCUGUGCCACACCUACGUCCGCUGCACGCGCUCCGUCUCCAUCCCAGCACCAGCCUACUACGCCAGGCUAGUGGCUUUCCGAGCCCGCUACCACCUGGUGGACAAAGACCAUGACAGUGCUGAAGGAAGCCACGUGUCGGGCCAGAGUAACGGCCGGGACCCCCAGGCGUUGGCCAAGGCAGUUCAGAUCCACUAUGAUACCCAGCACACCAUGUACUUCGCCUGAGCUCGCAAACACGUCAGCCAGUCCACCCGCGGAUUCCCUUUCUCUGUCUUUUUAUCUCUUAUUUGCCAGUUUCUCUCUCUUCCUCUCCCACAUCUCUCUCUCUUUUUAGUCUGUCUCUUCCUCUUCACACUCACUGUACAUCUUCUGAAUCUGCACCAAAGCGGCUCUCGGACGGGGAAAUCUGCUGCGACUCAAUGUCCAGCAGAUUUUUUUAUUUCAAGGAACAAUCUCCAACCAGCGUUCCCAAUCGAGCCGCCUUUCAAACCAGCAACCCAGCACUGCAAACCCUGAGGGGUUUCCAAUGCACAAAAGGAAAAAAAACAAAAAAAACACGAAAAAACAAAAACAAACCAUACACACACAUUCUACAAGUUGAGCCAUUAUUUUGCGUUUGUUUUUGUUUUUUCUAUUUGAAUGUCUGCACUCUUGUGUUUGUAAGAUACACUGAGCAAGGGAGUGGACUGGCACAAUCUGUGUCGGCGCAGCUCUUUAGCUCUCCCAGCUAAGCAGGACUCUUAUCUACUUUUACCUCAAAGCCCCUUUGGGCAAAAUCUGUCACAAGGUCUUGGGUUUAUCGGGUGGUGGGGAGGGAACUCUACACGAAAAGAGACGGAGGGGGAGUCGACCUUUUGAGAAUGAUAUAUAUAUUUUUUUCCUUUUUAUGAGCGUGUGUUUUAACUUUUUCUCCUUUACGGUCUUUAACAAGCGAGGUGACCUGGGUGUCCAUGCCCAUUACUAUUUUCCUCCCAUCUUAGCGAAGAAUACUCACGUCUGUCUGUGUGAGUGUAUGUGUGUGUAUGUGUGUGUCUGUGUGUGUCUGUGUGUGUCUGUGUGUGUG